CAAGUUUCUUCAUUUACCGUAGAGAACAACUCCUGUCAACACGGGACAUUGAAUGGAAUGCAACAGGGUGUUCAAACGUCAGACGUUUCAGGGACUUCUUCCCAAGAGUUAUUUAACGCGUUACGUCGAGUAAAUGACCGAAAAAUAUUAGAUAUACUUGUAGUAUUUCCAUUCAUAAUGUACCGCAAGGAUCUAUGUCAGCAAUUACAGUGACUAUAGUUUGUCUUCAGCUGAUGAAAUGUCAAGGAAGAUUUUUCAGCCCAACAGAAGUGGUCUGAACAGUGCUUUAGAUCAAGUUGAAGAAGUAUUGGCUAAACUCAAGGAAAGAGUGGAAGCAAAUGAAACUCAUCACAGAGAAAAGGAGACACAGGCACAGUUUGUCGAUGCACAAACUUCCACUACCAGUUUGUGCCCAGGUUACGAAAGCAGAACAAAUACCAAACGAAAGAACACUAGUGUGCUGAUAAGUCGAAGAUCAAGUAGGCUUUCAAAUGGGUCCAGAAGCCUAAGGCAUAAAACAAAUGCUAAGAAAAAUGGAGGCCAAACAUCUGAAGGAUCUUUGUCAAAACAUUCGCAUGGAAACAAGAUUAGGAGAAAAGAGCGGCCCAACAUUAGUGAGGAAGACAGACUGUCUAGUGGCACUAAUCCUUCCACAAGACACACACAUAGAAAGCGAAGCAGUAGCUUCAGCAAACUUCAGCAUAGUUCAGGAAGAGGAAGCGCUCAUCAUGUUGUAGAUGGUUCUUCUAGGGGUUCAUCCGAAGAAAUUUUAAGAAGAGUACAUUCUCAGGAGGGUACACUUAAUAAUUUAGAAAACAUAUCUUGGAUACCUCCCCUGUCACAAAGUUCACCUCGGGAAGAAACACCAAGUAGACAUAAGCGUGAGCCAGACCACCUGAAACGUACAGGAAGACCAAUCCAUAAAAGCAAUAAAGCAUCAUGUUCAAGUUCAAAGCAAGGUCUAUCUAAGGAAGAAACUGCCAGAGCACCAGCGCCAUUUAAACCAACCAUUCCAGUAUCAGGACAGAGCUAUGCCGAACCAACUCUGUCCUCUAAACUUCGGACGAAAUUAACAGAGAGUAAGGGCAAAGCGGAGAAAGAAAAUGUUAUGACCUACAUUCCUUCGGGCCAUACGAGUAAAAGCCACCACGUAGGAGUGAUCAUGCAACAGAAGUUAGGCCUCCUGAAGACUGUCCCACUAAAGGAAUUGAAAACAUUAACAGAAGCCUUUAACCCUCCAGAAGAAAGAAUUAAGGAAACAGACAGUGACGGUAUAAUCAUAACUGAGGAUGUCAUAAAAACAGCCUUGAACAAUAUCCGUGACCAUAUUGCUCAUGCUGAAAGACAACCAAAUUAAUUUAACGAUUAUCACAACGGAUUUCACAAGUUCACUUUUGAAGUACUUCUACUGUAUGUAUAAAUAUCAGUCUUUCAUAUUAUGUAUGAAACAAUAUUUUAUUUUUUAUACUUUUCUUAUAUUUUUGAACACAAAAUCCAAUGUUAUUUUUUAUAGUGCUCUCAGAAUUAACACACAGUCGUAAUAUAAAUGUCAUUUUUGCAUUCAGGGUUCACUUUAUUUGCACACUUAAGGUGGGGGAUAUUAUGUAAUGAUCUUGCUAUGUAGAGGUGACAUUGAGCAUUAUUUUACCUAUCAUUAAAAAUAUAUUUUAAUCUGGUAAAAGUAACUAGCAAUUUUAUUUCAUUGUCUUUUGAAAGUAUUUUGGCAGUGAAGAUGCAGUUGUUCAUCUGUGGUGCUUGUUGCCCAGAGUUAAGCAGCUUCCUAGUGGAAAAACUAACCCUUGUCCCUCAAGUUGGUGUAUAAACCCUUCUAUACAGUAAGUUUGGCUGGUACUGAGAGAUAUGCUGUACCACCAGUGACUUAAAACACUGGUGCAAUAGCAAUUCAUUGCUUGAUGCUAACCAAGACCUUAUGUACUGAGAAGGAAGCAGGAAGCCAGUAGCAAAGAAGCCAUCACAGGUUUACACGAGAUAAACAAUCAAGAGGCAUUAGUAUUGCACUUUCAGUGUUGGGAUGUCAAGAAGUGGCAAGCAUAUUUUCAUAUUUGCCAUCUCAAAAGAUUACAUCACAUUAUCUUAACAUUUCCAAGUGUAAGUUACAUUGUCUUACAAAAGUGUAGAGGCAUUCAUUAUAAGAUAAGAGAUAAGGAGAGGCUUCUACAUAAAACUACUCUUAUUCUAAAUCACAGACAUGAGACGUCUACGUUACUCUUAUUCUAAAUUUGGGAGUGGAAUAAAUAAAGUGUUCAACAUUAAUUAUUUACUGUAAAGCUGCUUCAUUACAAAUAUCUAGGUUGCAAUUCAAGUUUUGGUUCUUUUAAAUUUUGUCUGGCAGUGAUGCUUAUCACAAAAUCAGCAGUGGAAAUUUUAUAUCAUUCAAUAUUACAGGCUAUUCACAUGAUAAUACACCUACUGCAAAUGAUUUGACUACUGUAUCAUUUCUUUACCUUUUAAAUUACAUGUUAAAACAUCCAAUAGGGUCAAAUUUACUGCGCUAUGACUAGCGGACAUUCAAGAAAUUAUGGACUUAUGGACCUAUUAUGUGUGGCAAGAAAAAAUUAAAAGGGGAUAAGUAUCAUGGAGACUUCAGUCCUGUAAUAUAUCACAGAUGACGGAAUAUAUCAGUAAGAAGUACAAAUGGUAAAAGAAUUUU